AUGUCUAUCACAACUUGCCAGAAGGUUACUCUUAUAUCAUGUUCUGUUCUUUGUGUUUCUCUCUUCUUGCCCAGAAUGCUUUUACCCAGAGGGAAAAAGGAGAUGGGGCAGCCUGAGGUUGGACCUGGUUUCUACCCUCCUGUGAUGCACCAGCUGUCAUUACCAGAGGACCCAGAACGUUGGGGUGUGGACCCAUCUUACACCAUGACACACAGUGCUGAGAUCAUGGCCAAAAUAAAGGGGAUUGGACAAGGCAAAAAAUACAAUCUGAUGACUCAAGUCAUACCUAUAUAUGGCUUUGGGAUCCUCCUUUACAUCCUCUAUAUAAUCUAUAAGCUGACAUGUAAGGGGAAGACUACUAAAUCAGGAAACUACACAACAAUAACCAAGGCAAUCGUGGAGAAUAGACCUAUAACUGCUUAUGAGCUCGCCAGUCUUCAAGAGAGAGCAAUGCAAACGGAAAGGAUAAUUGAGAGGAUUGUCUCUGAAAAGAAACGUGCUUCUGGGAGUGGAAGACGGAGAAGGAGUAAAACUACAACAUCAAAGAAGGAGGAGAAAUUACUCAAGCAACUUAGACAGAUCACACAGCUGAUUCAAGAGGGACGUUUGGAGGGAGCCUCCCCAGAGAUGGAGGCUGAGGAGGUCCCCUAUGGUGUAGACUGGGAAGGUAUCUGCUACCCAGAUGAGACCUACCCAGAGUUUGAUGAUCUCUGUGACAAAUACGGAUAUAACACUUUUACCCUGGAGGAGCCAGUCAACCAGCCCACUGCCGAGGCUCUGGCAGAGAGGAUGCUGCAAGAGGAAGAAGAGAUAAUGGCAAGGAAGCUGUCCAUAGUGAAAGAGGAGGAUGAAGAGGAAGAUGAGGGGGAUGGAGAAGAAGAGGAGGAAGAUGAGGAGGAAGAUGAGGAAGAAGAGGAUGAUAUAGAGGAGGAGGAGGAGGAGGAGGAGGAGGAGGAGGAGGAGGAGGAGGAGGAGGAGGAGGAGGAAGCUGAAGCAGAGAAAAGACAGUUGCUCAGUCCUUCUUCAUCCAAGCCUGCUGCAGAAACAUGGCAGGAAAGAAUUGGUUUGGAGGUGAGCAAAGAGCUACAAUGUCUCAAUGGAGGGAAGAAACAAAUAAGUUUCAGUGACCACAAAGAUGUAUUCCACUACCCUAAAGAGGGUACGUAUGAGAGGGAGGAGGAAGAGGAGAAGGAAGAUGAAGUGGAGGAGGAGGAAGAGGAGGAGGAUGAUGGGACAGAGGUGGAAGAGGAGGACGAGGGGACAGAGGAAGGUGAUGAAGAUGAUCCGCUGAUGGAGGCAGAGAACCUGCUGUUCAGUUGUGAGGUUGGUUCCAACCCAGAGGAAGAAGCAGAGGAGGCAAAAGAGGAGUAUAUGUUCGAGGAAGCACCUGUGGAGGGUGACGGUCACAUCCAUGCAGACGUGCCUCAAGAGGUGAGCGGGCUGAGGAUGCGGAACAGGAGGGAGACGUAA